AGUGGUAGCGUUAUCAGCAGGGCAGUUUAGGUACGACAGCUGUAACCAGAGUUUAGGUUCAAUAUCCCCUUUACGUAUAUUAUUUACGACGUUGACCUUUGAUUCAAACCAAACAUGUAGUUGUGCUUCGUGAGAAUACCAUGAGUCUGUUGACCAAAUUAAAUUAACGAGUGAACAAUUUACUCGAGCUACAUUCCACGUCGGAAAGGUGUGAAAAACAAACAGAAUGGAGAGCAAGGACAACGAAGGGAUGACCCAGAAAGUAGGAGAGGUGAUAAAACCAAUCGUACCUGAAGGAACUGUUGAAGAGUUAUUAGAAAGAGUUUAUGGUUUGAAAGUUGUAAAGGUGAAAUCAUUAAAUAGCUAUGACGAUUGCAAUUACGCUAUUACUGUUGAUGAAAAUUACGACAACAAAUAUAUCAAACAACUAUGGCCACAUGGUUAUCUCUUGAAGAUCAUUAAUACCAUGGAUUCCAAACGACCAAAGAUGCAUGAAGCUCACAAUUUGGUGAUGGAUCAUCUAAGAAAUGGGGGAGUGCCUACACAAGAAUCUGUACCAGAUAAAAAUGGAGAAGUGAUGAGUUACCAGAAGAUCUAUAAAAGCAAAGAACAAAAUAGUGAUUACAUUCAACAUAUUGUUAGAUUAUUAACCUAUUUACCAGGAGAUGUAUUGUUAAAUUAUCCAUUUACUUCCAAUCUUCUAUAUGAAAAUGGAAAAUUUGUUGCGCAAAUAGCCAACGCCUUUAAGGGAUUCCAACACGAUUUCUUUAAGAAUUUUGAUAGCAAGUGGAAUCUGGGAAAUAUACCGAUGUUAAAAGAAUAUGUGUUCGUUUUAAAGCCUGAAGAUCGGAAGGUUGUAAAUGAAGUAAUUGAAGCAUUUGAAAAUGAAAUAAAUCCAGCAAAUCUCACUAAAAGUUGUAUACAUGGUGAUCUGAAUGAGUUAAAUAUAUUGGCAGCACCAGCAGAUGGACAGGGUGAUAUACCGAUGGAAUGUAAGCGUUACAAAUUUACUGGUUUGAUAGAUUUCCAAGAUACAACUUAUUCUUGUGCCAUCUAUGACUUAGCUAUUAAUGUGGCCUACCUGAUGAUAUUUACCAAUCUUAUUAAUCAGCUAGAUGUACCUGGUCAUAUUUUAGCUGGAUAUUUAAGUCUUCAACAACUUACAGAGGAAGAAUUCAGCUCUUUGAAAGUUUUGUUGGCUGGACGAUUGUGUCAGUCGCUGGUAUAUGGCGCUCACACUUAUUACUUAGAUCCCACCAAUGACUACGUUUUACACACAGCCAAAACAGGGUGGACUUUGCUUCACAAAUUUUGGGCGGAACCGAAAGAUAAAUUAGAAAGUAGAUGGAAAAGUAUAACUGAAAGUUAUCAGCUUCAAAAAUAAUCUUAUGUCUGUUGAUGGUCUUAAAGACAUGUUCCUCGAGGUAAAUUAGAUCACGCAUUCGACACCCUAAAACUUAUUUUAUUUAAAAUUAUGAUGUUACUACGGCCAGGAAAAUGAACCCAUAGACCUGGAAUGUUUAUUGAGUCUGCGGUAAUAGAAUAAUAAUAAUAUUUCAACGAGCAAUUUCAAAACAGCGCCAAGAUCGGUAAUAGGUCGUGUCGGCUAUAUGACUUUGUAUCGUAAACAUGUGUAAAAUGGUGCAAUACCAAUUGUAAUAUGAAUUCUAAAAAAAAAACCCGAAUGACGUAUU